AUGAUGCUCCUAUCCCGCGCCCGCCUUCCCCUCCCCGCGCUGCGCCGUACCGCACCUACCUGCACAUCCUCGCCCUUGUUUCCCUCGUCGUCGUCCUACCUUUACACCGCCACGGCACCCCUGACGCGGAGGAGAUACCAUGAUCACCGCAUCCGGCAGCAAGACUCCCCACGCCGCACCGCCUUGUCCCCCGCACCCGCACCUGCACCCGCACCCUCCCCGCUGACCCACACGACCCUGCGCGGGUUCCGUCACAUGGCAUCAGGUUCCGAUCCAGCACCCACCACCACCUCGAACCAGGCCACCGCACCACCGCCAUCCCAGCAGCAGCAGCAGCCCAUAACGCCAGCGACCACGCCGACGACGCAGGGGAAAAGGGCAGACGGCGACGAUCCGCUCAACCUCAACCGCGCGCCAAAGACGACGCUCAAGGAGCAGCGGAGGGCCGACUGGACCAUUAUCAAGAAGCUCGUGCAGCACAUCUGGCCAAAGGGCGACCUCAACACAAAGCAGCGCGUCGUUCUCGCCCUCUCGCUCCUCGUCGCCGGAAAGCUGCUCAACGUCCAAGUGCCCUUCUUCUUCAAGACCAUCGUCGACAAGCUCAACGACGCAGCGAGCGCGCCCCUCGACCUGACCAACCCCAACACGGUGUGGGUGGUGGCGGGCAGCGCCGUGCUCGGGUACGGCCUGGCGCGCGUGGGAGCGGCGGCGUUUAGCGAGCUGCGCAACGCCGUGUUUGCCAACGUCGCCCAGCGCUCGAUCCGCCGCGUGGCCCGCAGCGUCUUUACCCACCUGCUCAGCCUCGAUCUGGGCUGGCACCUGACGCGCCAGACGGGCGGCCUGACGCGCGCCAUUGACCGCGGCACAAAGGGCAUCUCGUUCCUCCUCACCUCGAUCGUCUUCCACAUUGUCCCGACGGCGCUCGAGAUCUCGAUGGUGUGCGGCAUCCUCAGCUACAAGUGCGGGCCCAGCUUCGCCGCCGUGACGGCCGUGACGAUGGCGACGUACGCCUGGUUCACGAUCCGCACCACGAGCUGGCGCACCCGCUUCCGCAAGGAGGCCAACGCCGCCGACAACCGCGCCGCCACGACGUCGGUCGACUCGCUGCUCAACUACGAGGCGGUCAAGUACUUUAACAACGAGAAGCACGAAAUCGCAAAGUACGACGCCGCAAUGGCCGACUACGAAAAGUCGAGCGUCAAGGUGGCCACGAGCCUGGCGGCGCUCAACUCGGGCCAGAAUGCCAUUUUUUCGACGAGCCUGACGGUCAUGAUGCUGCUGGCGGCCCAGGGCGUGCUCAACGGCACCAUGACGGUGGGCGACCUGGUCAUGGUCAACCAGCUCGUCUUCCAGCUCUCGCUGCCGCUCAACUUCCUGGGCACCGUGUACCGCGAGCUGCGCCAGAGCCUCGUCGACAUGGAGACCAUGUUUAACCUGGAAAACGUCGAGGUGGCGGUGCGCGACGUCCCGGGGGCGCCGGCGCUCGAGGUGAGGGGGGGCGAGAUCCGGUUCGAAAACGUCACGUUUGGCUACCACCCGGACCGGCCCAUUUUCCGCAACGCCAGCUUCACCAUCCCCGCCGGGCUCAAGACGGCGUUUGUGGGUCCGUCGGGCUGCGGCAAGUCUACCAUCUUCCGGCUCCUCUUCCGGUUCUACGAGCCGCAGUCGGGCCGGAUCCUCAUCGACGGGCAGGACAUCCGCGACGUGUCGCUGUCGAGCCUGCGCCGCCAGAUUGGCGUCGUGCCGCAGGACACGCCGCUCUUCAACGACGACAUCCGCCACAAUAUCCGCUACGGCCGCCUCGACGCCUCCGACGCCGAGGUCGAGGCGGCCGCCCGCGCCGCCAAGGUCGACCAGAUUGUGCGCAACCUGCCCGACGGCUACGAGACCAAGGUCGGAGAGCGCGGCCUCAUGAUCUCUGGUGGCGAAAAGCAGCGCCUCGCCAUCGCCCGGCUGCUCCUCAAGAACCCGAGCAUUCUCUUUUUUGACGAGGCGACGUCUGCGCUGGACAGCUACACCGAGACGGAGCUGAUGCGCAACAUCAACUCGAACCUGGUGGACUCGAAGCGGACAUCGAUCUUUGUGGCGCACCGGCUGCGUACGAUUUCCGACAGCGACUACAUUGUGGUGCUCAAGAACGGCGGCGUCUACGAGCAGGGCAAGCACGACGAGCUCAUGGCGCAGCGCGGCCUCUACUGGGACCUGUGGGAGAGUCAGUCGACCGUCGGCCUCGGCCAUGGCGCGGGAGAGGGCGAGCAUCUCGCCGAUGACCGGGAGCAGUCUUCGUCGUCGUCGUCGUCGUCGUCGUCGUCGGGGUAG